AUGCUCGGGUCCUCAGGAUCGCAAAGCCCUCCUCCCCUUCAUCACUCUCCAUCCGUUGGUGAUCACGAUCGUGCUUCAACCAGAGACUCGACUCCCGUCACCACUCCGCUUGGCUUUGGAGUUCCAUCUUCCCACCGACCGGAUAGGGAAAAGGACUAUUUGGAUCCAUUUUGGUCUCGAAAACCCGUUGAUUCCGGACACCAUCGAUCAUACUUUGACUCCCAGAUUCCCUCCUCGUCGCACCUUGACGCAGACCAAGAUUUUCCCCUGUUUCUUUCGCCUCCUACGUCGAACAACACCAUGACCGGUCCAGCUGCACCUAUUGACAUUGCCACCCGUCAGACCUCCGUCUCUCCCCCCGGGCAGCAGGCAUCGAAUUUGACUUCCGCUCUGCAGAAAGCGAAUAACGGUGAGCGCACGGGCAGCAUAUCUCACUCCAGCGGUGUUGGUCUCAGCGUCUUCAAAGCCCCGCCACCGCGCAAAGAUUCUUUCAACACGGCAGCGGGUCAAUGGGGAAAUGGAACCAAGCCAAUCUCCGUUACCGGGUCUAAUCGCGACAAGCAACGUCGGGAGUCACUGGCUGGGAGUUUAGUGGGUGGUAUGAGCUGGGGUGGUGUGUCUGUUGGGAGCUGGAUUCGUGAUGACAUCCUUAUGACCGGCACUUCUCCCUUUACGGGUUUCCAGUCGCCCUCAUUUCACUCUUCUUCCUAUCUGCCGAAAUUGGAGGCUAAUUUCAUGCGUGACUUUUCAUGCUGCGGCGUGACUCUCCCGACACUCCAUGAUUUGUUGCAACAUUAUGAAGAAGCUCAUGCCACGAAGUCGCCACACCAGGGCCACCGUCCUAGUCAAGGCGAAAGCCGGGCUGCAUUGGCGGCAGCCGCAAUCGCUCACCAACAAAGCCAGCAGAACAAUGGCCAGAACCGUGGUCUGCAGCCCGACAAGAUUAUGGAUAUGCAGCGCAAGUUGAGCCACACUCAACCAUCUCACCACCACCCCGACCUGGAUACCAUCGAUGACAUGGAGUUGGAUGAACCUAUGGGCGAUAGCGAUUCGCCAUCGAAUCUAUUUUCUCCCCCACCACAAAAUGGCGACCAGAGUGGAUUUGGAAAUUCCAACAGACCGCAGCUCAAUUUGUCUAUGCUUCCGGGCAACCAAGGCUUCAAGAGCUCCCAGCCGGGUACACCGGUUAGCUCAGCGCGUCCUCUUUCGCUGCAGAAUAACCCCACGGUGUCUUCCGUCAACACACCAACUCUGAUGGCGAACCCUUUACAGAACGCACAAUUUCGAAGCACUCCCGAUUCAUCUGCUCCGGGUACACCAGCCGAGAUUGAUGAGAGCGUAGUCGGUGGGUUUGGUGAUUUGACGAUGCAUGGCGGCGGCACCAACAGCCAGGGCCAGGGUCAGUCGCAGUUCUCGCGAUUUGGAUCCAGCAAUGACAUGGUGGACCUCUGUAUCGAUGAACCAGCGAAGCGGUUGUUCAGUCCCAGUGGCGGCUUCAACUCUCCCAACGCGCAUUUCAAACUCAGCGGAGCACAGUACGGUCCUAACAGUGACAUUGCGCGCCGAAUUCGGGAGCAACAGUUGCUAGCCGGCGUGCCGGACACCACUGCUCUUCUUCCGAACGAAGAGCCCAAACCAUUCCGAUGCCCCGUCAUUGGCUGCGAAAAGGCGUACAAGAACCAGAAUGGCCUUAAAUACCACAAAGCUCAUGGUCACAACAACCAACAGUUACACGACAACGCGGACGGUACAUUCUCGAUCGUUAACCCUGAGACAUCGGCACCUUACCCCGGAUCGCUCGGCAUGGAGAAAGAGAAGCCCUACCGGUGUGAAGUGUGUGGCAAGCGGUAUAAGAACUUGAACGGCCUCAAAUAUCACAAGUCGCAUUCACCACCGUGCAACCCCGAGUUUCAGCUCAUGGCCUGUCGCAGUCUCAACUUUGGCGGAGGCGUCAUGCAGGGACAGAAUAUUAACGUGGCUGGGGCUGGCCUCCCUGGCAUUGGUGAGGAGGGUCUUCUAUAA